AUAACGAACCUUGACUGGUUUUUAUUGAAAAGACUAUGUCGGACUGCGGAGACGACUGCGGUGGUGGGGACUCUGGAGGUGGAGACUAUGGUGGUGGAGACUCUGGAGGCCAUACUGUCAGUGGAUCCUGUGGAGACAACCAUCAUGGUGGACACUACGGAGGUAAUACUGUCGGUGGAUCCUGUGGAGACAACCAUCAUGGUGGACACUCUGGAGGUAAUACCGAGAGUAGAUCCUAUGGACACGACUGUCAUGGUAACGAAGGUGGAGGUGAUAUUCGUGGUGACGCAGCUUAUGGCGAUUACCUCCAUCACCGCCCAGAUGUCUUUUUCGAUGAUCAAAAUACUUACACAACCAACCGUACUUACACCUCUUCACGCUUUCCUUAUGACCGAUCCACGCAGAGAGCUGUAGAAAACGGUCUUUCUUAUUGCUGUAGCGUGAUUAAAUACACUGUGGUAUUCACAAUAAUUGGGAUGUGCGUAAUUGGUCUCAUACUUUUCUUGAACUUUACGUUACGCAGUUCUUAAUGUUUUUCUCCAGGUAUGUUAUCUAUGUUGACGUUGAAUGAAGAUGUAUGCACUUCAGUCAACGAUGUGAAAGGAUUACCGCACGGUCGAUUACAGUUCUCGUAACUAUAAACCGUAUCACGAUGAACAAAGUCUACCGACUCCCUCAGAUUCGGUCGUUACUGACUACGUUUAAUAUCACUUAUUUUCGCCUUUAUUAAAGUCUUCCCAUCAGGAAUGUGAAAAUCCUGAGUAUAAAUAUGUGAAAAAAAUUCAUAUUUGUGAGACCUGAUACAGCUCAUUAGUCUAACUUCAAAACUGAUUAAGGUGCUUAUAAAGAUGCGUUGUACACCUCGAAAACGCG